CGCGCAUCCCCUACCGACGAAGUCUCUGAACUACUUAUCUGAUUUAAACUUUUUUUAUCCUUAGAGUAAAAAAACCGACUGAUUACGUACAUAUAUAUGGAUGAAACCCUCAAAAAUCCAAACCACAAAUUAAAUCCUCUUUAUUUGUUAAAGUUAUGCGUCCGAAAUGCUGAAUAAUUCCUGUUCACCUUUUAGAUCUAGCCGUUUAAAACGCACUUCUCAAUCUUGACCACACGAUGGCGGCGUUCGCAGUUGUGGUCAAAUAAGGUGGGAUUUCAACCCCUCUUCCUUCUCAGCAUCAUCCUGCUCGCUCUUCCUAGGGAUGUAUCGGCGUGCCGUGCACCUGUUCCAUCUGUUGUUUGAAAUGCCCCGUUUUAACCCGUUUUGUCAGUAACCACACGAAAAGGCUUAACCGACCUCUUCGGUGGUACCACUGCGGCUUUGAUACGGUGCCAUUUGGACAGCGGUGGAGGAUGUGUUGAUUUGUCUUUCCCGAGGUGCAGCAGUGAGACAGCAUCUUUGCCGGUGACACUUCGUUAUCACAACGAGUGGACGAGGAGAUUGCUCUCUUCUCAGUAUUGACCCACUUAUCCCAGACACCUGGAGCUUCUACAGCUCUGACUGGGCCACUUCCCAGGUGGCAUCCACUAGUAGCGUAAGCCCCGCAGGACAAAAGCGACCAUGUCGGACAAAAGCGACCUAAAAGCUGAGCUCGAGCGCAAGAAGCAGCGCCUUGCCCAGAUCAGGGAGGAGAAGAAGAGGAAGGAGGAGGAGAGGAAGAAGAAAGAGGUAAGGAAAAAAACAGAAAGCCAGCAGAAGACAGAAGCGACCCCAGAAGAUUCAGAUUUAGAUCGCAAGCGUAGGGAGACUGAGGCCCUGCUGCAGAGUAUUGGGAUCUCACCAGAGCCUCCACUAGUCCCGACUCCUGUGUCCCCCUCCAAAUCAGUAAGCACACCCAGUGAGACGGGGAGCCAGGACUCGGCCGAUGGAGGAGCAGCAGGCAGGUUUAGGUCAGGUUUCUCUAAAAACAAGUCCCAAGCACAGACCUCAAGGACACUGCAGUGGGACACAGACCCCUCUGUGCUGCAGCUGCAGGCUGAUUCUGAGCUCGGGCGCAGGAUGCAGAGAUUGGGGGCCUCUAAGAUCACACAAGUAGACUUCCUACCCAAAGAGGUCGUCUCUUACAGCAAGGAGACUCAGACACCCACCUGCACCCUGUCUGAAGUAGAGGAAGAAGAAGAAGAUGAAGAGUUGAUGGAAACGAAGCCGGGGCCAGAGUCGGAGCAACAGGAUGAGGACGACAACAGGGAAGCCAAAGAAGGCUCAUUUCCAGUGCUGCGGGAGCUGACCGAGGAGGAGAGGCAACAAAUCCUGCACUCCUCUGAGUUUCAGAGUUUUUUCGACUGCAGCAUCCGAGUGAUGGAGCGAGCUCUGGCUGAAGACAGCGACAUCUUCUUCGAUUACAGUGGCCGAGACCUUGACGACAAAGAGGGAGACUUGGGCAGUGGCUCCAGUCUGUCCUUCAGUAGGCUCUUCUAUGACGAGCACUGGUCAAAACAUCGUGUGAUCACCUGCCUCGACUGGUCCCCUCAGUAUCCCGAGUUGCUGGUUGCCUCCUAUAACAAUAAUGAGGAUGCUCCACACGAACCAGACGGUGUUGCUCUGGUGUGGAACAUCAAGUUUAAGAAGGCCACCCCAGAGUACAUCUUUCACUGUCAGUCUCCGGUGGUGUCUGUGGGCUUUGCCAGGUUUCAUCCCAACCUGGUGGUGGGGGGGACGUACUCAGGACAAAUAGUCCUGUGGGAUAAUCGCAGUCAUCGCCGGACCCCUGUCCAGAGGACCCCUCUGUCUGCUGCUGCACACACUCACCCAGUGUACUGCGUGAAUGUGGUCGGCACACAGAACGCCAACAACCUGAUCACCGUGUCCACAGACGGCAGGAUGUGCUCCUGGAGUCUGGACAUGCUCUCCCAGCCUCAGGAGACCAUGGAACUGGUGUACAAUAAAUCCAAACCCGUGGCAGUGACAUGCAUGGCCUUCCCCACGGGAGACGUUAACAACUAUGUGGUCGGGAGCGAGGAGGGCACUGUGUACACUGCAUCCAGACAUGGCAGUAAGGCAGGUAUCUGUGAGAUGUUUGAGGGCCACCAGGGGCCCGUCACAGGCAUCAGCUGUCACAGCGCGGUGGGCACCGUCGACUUUUCCCACCUCUUUAUCACGUCCUCGUUCGACUGGACCGUCAAACUCUGGAGCACCAAGCACAACAAGCCUCUGUACUCGUUUGAAGACAACGCCGAUUAUGUGUAUGAUGUCAUGUGGUCGCCCGUGCACCCUGCCAUGUUUGCUGCCGUGGAUGGCAUGGGCCGCCUGGACCUGUGGAACCUCAACAAUGACACCGAGGUACCCACUGCCAGCGUGACCAUUGAGGGAGCUUCAGCACUCAACAGAGUCCGCUGGUCUUCAGGAGGGAAGGAGGUGGCUGUGGGCGACUCGGAGGGUCGAGUUUGGAUCUACGAUACAGGAGAGCUUUCGGUGGCCCACACGGACGACUGGGCGCGCUUUGCCCGUACGCUGAUGGAGAUCCGUGCUAACCGUGCUGACGGCGAGGAGGAGGGGCCUAUGGAGCUGGCUUCAUAGAAAAGAAAGACUCCAAAACCAAAGUGGGCGGAUCCAGAGACCUGGUGUGCUUCUGCUGGUGUCAAUGUAGCAUGUGCUUCUCACUCACUUUGGGUUUUGUUUCUCCACGUUUAUGUUCCUCUCUUGUUUGUUUGUUUUUUAUUGUACUUUUGCAUUUCUAAAAUCAAAUUGUACCGAUUUGUUGUUAUUUAUUCGUCCAACAACUUCAGGUGAUGCGUCGCUUGCAACUCGUGAGCCUCCAGUAUAUAAAGAGCAGCAGUCUGUUAGCCUUAUGGAGGUGUGUGUACUGUAACAAUGCUUCGCACUACUGUAAAAAAAGAAUAAUAAUGGAGCAGGUUUCAUAGACUAGUCAUGUUUCGUUUCCAUGUUCACUUUAUGUUGUGCUUCUUUUUGUCUGUAUUAAGCCUGCAUGCAACGCAUUCCCAAAAUAUUCCAGAUGCAGAAAUGUGGGGUUAACAUGGAGCGAGGUUAUCACACAUGGAGCUGCUUUAUGUCAGUGUUCGAGUCGAUGCGUCAGAAGCUGAAUCGAGUGGUCCUCUGUACUCAGUGACAGCUUCAACUGUAUAUUAUUUAAUGAACUGUGACGAUUAAUAAGAGGUAUAUUGUAAUUCAGAGUGAUUGCUGUUCAGCCUGCUAAUGUUGACUAUUAAAGCAGAGCCCGGGA